CUAAAAAGGCAAUCCAAUAUGCAAUACAGGAUGGGUGCGAUGAUUUAAUGCAAUUUUUGAAAGAAUUUAAUAAACGGAAAGAGGAUCAACAGAUUCAAGCCGAAUUAAUCAAGCAGCAAGAAUUAUUGAAUAUUUGGAAAAUUACUACAAAUGGCAAUCAGAUUAUCUGUAAUACAAAUGGGAUUUUACUCGAUUCGAUGCAAGUCUUAGAUCUGAUAAAGCAUAAACCAAAGGGAAGGCCAUCAUCAAAACGGUUAAAAUCGUCCAUUGAACAACCUAAAAGUAACAGUAAAUCAAAAUCAAAUGUGUCAAACAUAUCCAAUAAUGAUAGGUGUCGUAAAUGUGGAUUAUGUGGUGAAG